AUGGACCAGCAUGUGCGACUUGAACUGGAACCAGAGACCUUGCGGGCCUUGUACGACAUGAGCAACACUCUUCCCGAUCCCAUCCGUCAGCUCGCAAAGGUUGGCACCACGCCUAUAGUGCCCCAGGUCGUCGCUAUUGGCGACAAGUCGUCGGGGAAAAGCUCCGCAUUGGAAGCCCUCACGGGCCUGCCCUUUGUGGUGAAUAAAAACGCUGGUGCAGAUCUCGCCGUCAGAGUAAUACUCCGUAAGGAACCCAACGUCAAAGUUCAAGCUACCCUCUGGCGCGAUGGUGCGGAUCGGAAAGCCAUGCUCAAGACAUCGGCGUUCAAGACCGAAACCUUGCGCCAUCUCAUCACCCAGGCGAGCAAAGCCUUGCGAGACUGGGAACGGGGGGAGCCAACCCGGGAACCCGAGCUGCGCAUCGAAAUAUAUGGUCCGGACGUCCCGGAUCUGACGCUCGUCGACAUUCCGAGCGGCUUUGACAACGAGCUGCUGAAUUCGCUGCUCGAGCAGGAAUGCACCAUCAUCUUGCUUGUUUUGAACGCAAACCGCAACCUGGAAUCACAGGGGGCUGUGCCCAUUGCGAGGAAUUUCGAUCCGCUCGAGGAAAGAACGGUCACGGCUGUCACGACGCCCGAGGCCCUAGUCAAAAACGGCCCCUGCUUCGAGCAGUACAUGGACUUUCUCAUGGGAACGAGAUACCUUGACGGCAGGACGCCUACUCGGUAUAUCCUGAGAAACAGGAACGGACAAGAAGUCGACGAAGCCGCACGUGGGAAGCCAUGCAUGACGAGGGCGGAAAGAGAUAGGAAGGAAAGAGAAUUUUUCAAGUCGGAAGAGUGGCACUGUAUCCCCCAGGCCAAGGGGUGCUUGGCGCUGCGAAGAGGGAUAGCCCGCGCCAUGCAGCGAAACAUGCACCGCAAAACGCCUGCCUUGCUCGCCAAGGUGGAGAAUGAGAUUCAAAAACAGCAAGCGAGACUUGACCAGGUAGGAAGGGGCUGCAUCGGCGAGGAGGAGGAGGAGCAGCGCAAGUUUCUACGUCAAAUCGCCACGCAAUUCCGGGACCUGGCCGUUGCAGCCGUCAACGGCCAAUACGACGACGCCUUUUUUUCCCUGGGGGACGAGGCUGGACGCAAGAAGGGAAUCAGGUUGCGCUCUGUGCUUGGCAACUUGGCAUUGACCUUUGCCCAGGAGUUAGACAAGCCCUGGGAUCCAUCCGCCGAAACGCAAAUCAAGAACGAGCCCCGCUCCGUUUCCCCGGUGGACGAUGCUGAAGGGUUCCUGGUAAAGGAGGUUGAGAGGUGGAGUGCUGCUGCCAACAAGUACGUGGCGUCAGCCCUGGGAACCAGCCGGCGCUUUGUGCAACAGGCGGUCCGGUAUGUUGUCAGGAACAACGCGCACGUGGUUGGGAAUAUCGAAGGCGAGUACGUGGCGCGGCACUGGGUGAGAAGUGAAGCCGAAAUUCUGGGAAAGCUGGCGGAACUGACGGGACCGCUGCGGGCGCAUCGUGCCGCAUAUCUCAGGGGGGAGUUUUUCCGGUGGAGGGACGAAGCGAAGGUCAAGGUUGAGGGUGAAGGUGAAAAUCGACGCGCGGUCAAGCAACCAUCACAAUAUCAGCAGCAGCGGCGGCGGAAGCAGCAGGAGCAGAAACAACUAUUACCAGAACUACUACCAAGACCACAGCAAACGUCAGAGCAAACACAGCAAACACAAACACAGCAGCAGCAGCAACUUCUACUACUAACGCAGCUACAGACAAGACUGCAACAAUUACAGCCGACGCGACAGACACAGCUAAAUCAGCACCAGAACCAGCACCAGAAUCAGCACCAGCACCAGCACCAGCACCAGCACCAGCACCAGCACCAGCAUCAGCAUCAGCACCAGCAAGAGCAUCAGCUGCUGCAGCGGCGACAAGUGCAACUACAACUUCAAAUUGCCCAAUUACAGCAGUUUCAACAGCUGCAACAACCCCAGCAGCCGCUUGCCCAGCUUUACCUUCCGCAGCCGCUGCAACAACCCCAGCAGCAGCUUGCCCAGCUUUACCUUCCGCAGCCGCUGCAACAACCUCUGCAGCAGCAAGCCCAGAUUUACAUUCAACAACAGCAGCCGCAACAGGCUCAGCAAGGCGUCCCUAUACAAGGGGGCCAACCCUACCUUCAUAUUCCGCUGCCGGUGCAGGAGCUGUCGGCCGGCCCUCCUACACAUCAGUCCCACCACCAGCAAUCACCACAGAGCCAUGUACAAAACACGAACCAGCCUCGUCCCGCCAGAAACGAAGCUUCAACCCCCGACAUGCGGCAGCAAGCCGAGGAGUUUGUUACCAAGCACAAGCACAUUUUUGCGGAGAAUGUCAAGCUGUACAUCGUGAGGGAGUUGCUAAUGCGCAAGAUUCCCUCUAUUCUGAGCCGUCUUGGAGACGAGAGGCUCGAGCUUUCGGCGGUCCGGCGAUGUGCUUUGGAACCACAGCAGCAGCGGGAGAAACGGAAGCGUGCAGAGGAGAGUAUGGAGAUCUCCAAAAGGGCGCGUCAACAUUUGGAGGCGAGGCUGGGGGGGUUGCAUGAGGAGAAUCAGAGACCCGAGUCACCCCACGGCAGUUCAGAGGGGUACCAGGAGCUUCCGGGGCCCGAGACGGAGCUCGAGACGGAGCCGGAUGCGGAGAUGGUGCCGCUUGGCACUGAGGCUCGCCCCAGCCCUGACUCUGACGCCGGCCCCGACUCUCACCCUGGCCCCGAUCCUUACCCUGGCCCCGACUCUCUCCCUGGCCCCGGCUCCCACCCUGGCCCCGACCCCGACCCCGACCCCGACCUUGAGCCGGUAAUUAAGCGAUCGCGAUCGGUCGAGACCCUGCUUGAGGGCUCUCUGGAGCACAUUCCGCUAGCAACCCCCUUGCGACCCGACAUGGAGUACAGCACCUUGUCCUUUUCGGUCCGUUAA